GCUUGUGACGGCUGUUGAGUGCAAGAACUUGUUAUUAGCUUUGAAAGUGUUUAAUUAUUUUGGUAUCUCAGAGUUAUAAUAAUGAAAAUUGAAUUGAAUUUUUAACCAUGUUGAAUUCGGCAUCUACAGAAGCUGCCCUUUCGGCUACUUACGUUGAAAAUUACUUAGAUUGUGUCGAAAAUCUCCCAAAUGAUUUGCAGCGACAUUUAUCGCGUAUGCGAGAGCUCGACGUAACUUAUAGAGAAUGUCUUCGUGAUGCUGAAACACAUUUAGCAGUGUGCAUAGGAGCCAACACAGAAGAGAGGCGUCGCACUCGCGCUGCUCUGCGGCUACAGGCUGUGCUGGUUGCGGCUCAAGAGAUAGGAGAUGAAAAAUUACAAGUAGUACAGAUUCUACAAGAUCUUAUAGAUAAUAAACAAAGGUCUCUUGAUGCUGAUCAUAAAAAUCUAAUCUCUUGCCUUGAUGUGAACACAAAUGGUACAGUUAAGGAGGAGCCAUCACCAACAUUGGAAUCUCUUCGGCCCGGAGAAAAAGAGCGCAGCACGCCGCCGCAGCAGCAUGCACCGCCGCCACCUCCACCUGAAAGAAAUAAUGACAAAGAAAAAGAAAAGGAACGGGAUAAAAGUGGAGGUGAAAGGUGGUCAAAGAGAGCGCGGCGGUCGCGCACUACAACCAACGCGGCGACUGAUGGCGCGGACUCCAGCGAGCGGGAUAGUGAGCGACAUGCACAUAACACUACCCAUAAGAAAGGUAUUGGCAAGAAGAAAAAACGCAAAGCGAGACAGGCAGCACAACGUUCAGAAACACCGCCCGAAGAGAAUGAUCCAAUUGAUCCUGACGAGCCCAGAUAUUGUCUGUGCGAUCAAAUAUCAUUCGGUGAAAUGAUAUUAUGUGACAAUGAUCUCUGCCCCAUCGAGUGGUUCCAUUUCUCAUGCGUCUCCCUCACUACCAAACCUAAGGGUAAGUGGUUUUGCCCCAAAUGUCGCGGUGACAGACCCAAUGUAAUGAAACCGAAGGGACAAUUUCUUAAGGAACUCGAACGGUACAACAGAGAAAAGGAAGAAAAAGCAUAGUGAUUGAUGUGAUGUCAACUUGUGACAAAGUGAUCUUAAUAAAUGAUACGGUUAUACUUUAAAUGGAUGCAUUAUAAUUUAUUUUUUAUAUUAACCCAUGGUUCUAACUGAUACAGUCUAUGUUGUGACUUUGUUUUAAGUAAUAUUUAGUUAUAUCUAUAAUUAUCUAAAUGUUGCAAAAUAUAUAAUAAUUAAAAAUUACCUCAUUUUGAGUUCAGUUGAAAUGUUCCGCCUUAUAGAUGUAAACAGUUCAACUUUGUUUCGAUAAAAGUAUGAAAGGUUUUUUAAUUAAUUGCACAAAUAUACAAGUCUAUUUGCCACAAACUUUUAAACAUAAACGGCCCUAAGCAGUAAUCUCUGUAGUCCUAAAUUAAAUUUAAAGUUCAGUUUAAUUUUGUAAGUAUUAAAUAAUGUAACAGAGAAUACAGUUAAAAAAUGUAUGAUACAAAAACAUUUAUCAUGAAUAUUAUCUCGGUUAUUCAGCUAAAGAAACUAAGAUAAACUCAAUAAAUAAAAAAAAAUGUCAAUAAUGUGAGAUGGCAGCUAUGAUAAUUCGGUUUUCUUUCUGAUUUGACUGUACUGGGCCUGUUAUUGUAUAUAAUAUGGCAAUAUGGAAUGGCUAUACUGCAAAGAAAAUAACCGACUUCAAAAAAUAUGGUAAUCUGUUUUAAUAUGCCUUGUUAACUUAUACGUCUUUGGAUAUAAGCUAAAACAACAAUGAAUAACCAAGUUUAACUAUUAAUAAAGCUGGCAUACAAUAUAUUCUUUAAUUUAUGGAUUUCGGGGUACUCUUUAGUUAACAUUUUUAAUUUAAAUGAUACUCGCAAGUUAAUUUCUUUACCUACUUAAUAAAAAUAAGUCUUACACAAUGACGAAUCGUUUCUCUUAGAAUGUAGUAACAGCUAUAAUUUGACUACGCGGAACGAUAUCACAAAAAGUCUUGCAAAAAACUUGUUUUACGUAAAUCAUUCAGAGAUGAAAAUACUCGCAAUAGCUAUAUGGAACUGGCGGUAUAAAUGCGCGCCAAAAAAAAAUAACCUCAAAUAGUGUGUAGUAGUGACAUUUAUAUUAUUUCUUUUUGAGGUUACAAAGGAAGCGCGAAAGUUAGUGUUGAUUGACAAUAAUCAUUACAACAUAAAAAAUUGCUCUAUUUAAUUUGUUCAUACACAAAUUACUUUUUCGGAGAACUAGUGAGAAAGCUUAUUUAUAAUGUUUUUACUACUGUAAUGCCAGUUAUUUAAUAACAGCGCGCACUAAAUAAAUGAUCGACAUUGUUGUACGAUAUUACUUGCAAGUUGAUAGAAAAAAUAUGGAACCUCCUUUUUUGAAGUCGGUUAAAAUGCUUCAAACUCUCGAAUGUUGAUUAAUUGAAUCUUAAAAAUUGUUUACAAACGACUAUAUUUAAUUUAAAAAAAAGGUUUUAAGAUUUUGGUUCGCAAUAAAUAGCUAAUUAAUACUUAUUAUUUCAUAAUACUAAAAAUGACUAUUAAAUAUUAAUUCACAACAUUCUCCAAUGUAACUAUAGUAGGGAAAAAAUUAUAGUAUUUUCCUUAUUCCUGUUUUUAUGGAGCGAUGAAUGAAAAGUAUUUAGUAUUUAUUUUAUUAUUUAAAAUCCUUUACAAGAGGAAAACUGUAAAUAUACAUGUAUGUGUCGUAUAACGAGAGAAAAACUAUAGACAUUAUAAUAGAAACUAAAGUACAGCGUUGUAAUUUACGCAUUUAUUGUAAUUAUCUUGUAAAAAGUGAUU